AUGGACACCAACCCCAUGAUCCGCUGCCAAUGCGGCGCCGUCUCCUUCCGGGCCGUGCUCCCCAAGCCUCUCCGCGUCGACAUCUGCCACUGCCUCGAGUGCCAGAAGCAGUCGUCCUCGGCCUUUGGCGUCUCCGCCGUCUUCCCCAUCGAGGGCAUGCUCCCCUUCCCCGAGAGCAUACGGGACCACGUCGGCAUGUGGACGCGCAAGACCGACUCGGGCAACACCCUGGAGUGCUAUUUCUGCAAGACGUGCGGCGUGCGGGUGCUUCACCGCGGGCUGCUGCCGGACGGGACGUCGCGGCCGACGGUGACGGUCAAGGGGGGCUGUAUGGAGGGCUUGGACCUCAAGGAUGCCAGGCACAUUUACACGAGAUCGGCCAGAGUACCGGUGCCGGAGGGGAGCUGGCCGGGGCCACCAGACGAAUACUGA